AUGUCAAAUGUUGAUCCUGAAGCAAUUGCUACAACAAUUCCUCAGCAAAAUCUUCACAUCAAUAUACCGUUGGUGGAAGCUUUGGAACAAAUGCCCAACUAUGCGAAGUUUUUGAAGAAUAUUUUAACUAAAAGGAGGAGGCUUGGAGAAUUUGAAACGGUUGCUUUAACUGAAGGUUGUAGUGCUAUAUUGAAGUAUAAAAUUCAUCCUAAAUUGAAAGACCCAGGCAGCUUUACAAUUCCUUGUUCUAUUGGUGGUAUAACACUUUACGACUUGGGGGCUAGUAUCAAUUUAAUGCCCAUGUCGAUUUUCAAGAAGUUGGGAAUUGGAGAAGCAAGGCCAACCACAGUCACUUUGCAACUAGCGGAUCGUUCUAUGGCACACUAG